AUUUAAAUGUCUGUUUUUUAGGCUCCCGUUGGAUGAGUGGCCCGGUCCACAAGUAGGGUAUGAGGCCAGUCUUCAUGUGAACGUGGCACUGCUCAGUGGACUGGACCACUUGCCAAAGAAAGGGUGGAUGGUGGACGUGGUGGCUUUCUUAAGACAGACCAAUGAUAAAUGGCAGCCUUAUUACCUGUGUAUUGUGGGAGUCCUACACACCUGGAAGGAGGAGGAUCCGCCAGGCAAACACUGUAACAUCCCCGACUGUGUCCAGCAUGGGCCGAAACACCCGCAGUUUGCUGGGCUGGAGAGGCACCCCAACGAGUUCAAAGUGGUUGGCUUGGACCUGAAUCCCAAGGAACCCCUGCUUGAGACCUACCCUGACCCCAAACCUCCUCCCGGUCGAGAUCGUCUGAUUGGUCGACUUCAGAGACUCCACGCGACCACAAACGUUGCGCCCAGUGGCCCCGGAGGAAAGCGCGACUAUGAUCUUCAGUUGGAGGCUGUCUGGCAGAGAUACUUCACUGGGCUGACUUAAACACACAACAGUUAUGUCAAACAAUAGCAUAGAAAGCUAUAGAAUGACAAACUUUGUUUCUAUAGCUUUAGUGCCAUCUACUUGUUGUUUGAACACAUGUAUUAGAGAUUUAAGUGGGAGGCAAGCACGACUAUGAUCUGCAGUUGGAGGCAGUCUGGCAGAGAUACUUCACUGGGCUGACUUGAACACACAACCGUAUAUCGAACUAAAAGAUAUGUAUGCUAAUACAACAUUUAUGCUAUAACUAAGACUAUAGGCCGGCAGCUAUUACCAAUUUGCAGGGGUCAGAAAAUAGCAGCUCUUGUGAAUUAGGAGAAACUUUGUUCUUUAAAGAGAAAAGGCCCAAAUCACUGUAGAGUAGAAAUCUAUGAACUUUGUUUCUAUACCAGGUCCUUUAGUACAUUGUACUUUUAAAAGUGUAGUUUUUUGUUUGGAUACGUGUAUUAGAAGUUUAAGUGAUGCAAGUUUCAGACCCAGGAAUCAAGUAUAACUAUACAGUCUGCAGUUGGAGGCUUCACUGGACUGUAACCAGAGUAUCAGUCGACUUGGACACACAACCGUCCAUUUUUUGUAUGCCUUGGCCAGUAGCUAUUUAUCAUUUGUAGGGGUUACAAAAUACCUGUAACUGCUUUUGAAUGUGAAUAGGGAAAGAUUAAAACAACCUAGAGUAGAAAUCUAUGAUCCAUAGUAUGAACUUGGUUUCUAUAGCUUUAGUACAAAUUUGUACAUGUACUUCUUUUUGUUUGGAUAUUACAAGUUUAAGUGAUACAAGUUUCAGACCCGGGAACCAUCAAGAACAACUAAGGUCUGAAAUUGGAGGCACUCUGGCAGGGGUACUUCACUGGACUGUUAGUGUCAAGAGAGCAACAGUCGACUUGGACACACAACGAUGUGUCUUACAAAAAGCUCAUGCAAUAAUAUGCUAAAUAGAUUUGGCCGGCAGCUAUUAUUGUUCGCAGGGGGUCAAAAAAAUAACAGCUCUUAUGAAGUAAGAGCAACUUUGUUUUGUUUUGAAAAGAAAGGCCAAACUUACUGAAGAGUAUGCUAACAGACUUGGCUGGCCGCUAUUUAUGAUUUUGCAGGGGUCACAAAAUAAUUGCUUGUGAAUCAGGAGCAACAUUUUCUUUUUAAGACAUGCCAGAAUUAGUGCAGGUCGAAACAUCUAUGAACUUGGUUUUCUUAAGUUUUCUUAGUUUUGAAGUUUUUUUGUUUGUUUUGAUAUUACAUCAGAACUGAAGUUUCAUGAACUUAUAUAGAAAAGGACUAUGUAGUAGUACAUAUAUGUAGUAGAAGUAGUUAAUAGAUUUUGUACGAAUCUUUCAACACAUAUAAGUUACUAAAAAAAGUAUAUUUUUGUGGUACAGAUGAAAUAUAUAGAGCUAGCCCUUUUGAAACUAGAUCCAUUCAUACAUAAGUUUUGUUAAGCACUAUCCACCUUUUCUUUCCAUCAUGGAAGACCAUCUGUGUUGGUAGUAAAUUAUGAUUCAUAGUACAAUGCUAAAGUUUCUUGCAUCACAAAAGUACACACGGAUCAAAUUUUCAACAACCCCAGUCUUCUUCUUCAGGAUCAAUACUGAUGAUCAUGAAGGCAAUCAUCAGUAUUAACCCUGAAGAAGGCGACAAUGGUCGUUGAAAAUUUGAUCCGUGUAAUUUUGUGAUGGAAGAAAGUUAGCAUUGUACUAUACUUUUCUUUCCACAUGUUGCACAAUUUUCUUCAAACAACCCUCUCUUGAGUUUUUGGAUGCUACAAUCCAAAAUAAAAGACAACAUAUUACAUCUGUUUACUGUGUCUUAGUUUUAUUGUCACCAAAAUGCGCUUACACUGACAGCAAAGAAUGGGCAGAGUAUCUAGUUUCCACAGUUUUUGAGCUUAUCUACAUUGUAUAGCUACAGAAAGUCAUGCCAAAAAUACAGUAUUUGCACCAUCAAAUUAUUCACAUCUUGCAUAUAAUUUUUGUCCUCAGGACAAAUUGCACAAGGAGCCAUUCAAUGGCAUCAAACAGACAUAACUGCUGUAAAUGUUAAACAUCAAUAAUUCAGCAGCACUUUUCACUUUGGACAUUUGAUAGAUUACCUAUAUAAAGACACUGCCCGUAUGUACAACUUACUGCAUAGAGAAAAUAUAAUGGCUGCAAUGUCCUUUAGCUGCAAUGUCCAGCAUUUUCCUUAGCCUGAUUAAAUCUCGCUUAUAGCAGCCCGCCAAACAUCCGCCGGCCCCCUAGGGGAGGGGCCAGUUACAGCCCUGGACAGCGGAGUUUGUGUUACACAGACUACAUUUUCCUGUGGGCCUUGCUUUCCUAGUUACCACAAGGAGUUUGCAAUACAUUUAAUUGUAUCCUCCUUGGUAAUAACAAACAAUGUAUUUAUACAACAUGCAUCCACUAACAGUGAAUUCUAGUAAUUGCCACCAAUCAAGACAUUUUGCCAUCAAAAAGACGCCUAACAGUUAACUCUACCGUCAGCGCCCAACCCAACACUCAUCCAACCCUACUCU